UCCACAGUCGUUAGUGUCACUUGCUCGCAUUAUCAAUUAACGUUAAUGUUUUUGUGAUUAAUGGCCGUUCAUAGUGUCAAUACGACUGGAUAGUCAUAGUUUUUUCGUUAGUUCCUUCGUUUUCCAGCGGUGGAACGUCAACUAUUUCGAUAUUCUAUUUCUCACGAUUGCUUCGACCAAUUUUUAUUCAAUUUCCCCGGCGAAAUUUUGGAGGGAAAAAAAAAGAAAAAUACAUUGAAAUAGCGUGGGAUAAUGAAAAAGAAAGCAUCAGGUGAUGAAUAAUCAAAUUCUGGGCCGCGAUUUCCGCAUUGACCUCCACGAUUAAUUUAGUCGACGUUCAAUGCUCAGUCGAAACAAACAAAUAAUGGAAGAAUCAUCGACUAUCACUGAGGAUCCACGUGACGAGUACCUGGCUAUUUGGGAGAUGGUUGUUUUGCUAGUGAUACUUGUCAUUACGGUGAUUGGUAAUUUCCUGGUGCUCUUUGCCCUCUAUCUGAGACGGUACUGCGGUCGCAGGCGCAAACUCACGAGAAUGUACUUUUUUAUGAUGCACCUGAGCAUUGCUGAUCUGAUGACUGGAGUGCUUAACGUCCUGCCGCAGCUUAUGUGGGACAUCACCGGUGGCAGAUUUCAGGGCGGUGCAAUGCUUUGCAAGCUCGUCAAGUUUGGUCAGCCAUUGGGGCAUUAUGCAAGUACAUACGUCUUAAUAGCCGGCGCAAUUGAUCGAUAUCAUGCCAUUUGUUAUCCAUUCAACUACUGCAGGACAACCCACAGGCAGGCGAGGCUCAUGGUCUACAUCGCUUGGGGUAUCUCCUCGGCUCUUUGUCUUCCCCAGAUUUUUAUUUUCUCAUAUCAAGAAAUUUCACCUGGCAUUUGGGACUGCUGGGCUGAUUUUAUCCCACCCCACGGCCAGAGAACGUACGUCACCUGGUAUAGCAUAACGGUGUUAAUGCUGCCCUUCUCGGUACUGGUGUACACUUACGUCAGCAUUUGCAGGGAGAUAUGGAAGAACACAGAGAUCACGGUUUUUGGGCACAGGGGCGAGGUCAAGAGGAUGGACUCCAGGGAGAAUAAUAGAGAGCCUGUAAUCUCGAGGGCGAGGAUCAAAACGGUCAAGCAGAUGAUCACUGUAGUCAGUCUUCAUGUCAUAACGAGUGCUCCCUUCGUCGGGUGCCAGUUGUGGGCUGCCUGGGACCCUGAUGCUCUCAAAACACCUUUUUACCAAGGUCCUGCAUUUACUAUCCUGUCUCUUCUGAGCAGUCUUACCAGCUGUGUGAACCCCUGGAUUUAUAUGGGAUUCAAUCGAGAAUUGCGGUCGACUCUCAAAAAUUACAUGAAGAAACUCAUUUUCAGUCGAUCGAUGACAUUUGAUGGCGAUCUCUCCCACCAAUCAACGAAUUCUUCGACCAGAUCAACAAUUAUUGGGACAAUGGUACGUCUUGCGAGUUCAAUGUACAGGAAUAAAACCCCUCGAACCCCUGGUCCAGAGCCUCUGACGAAUCUCCAAGAAUCUCUGUAACUCAUUGUUAAUCAGAUCAGUGUUAAUUUUCCAAUUUAUUAUUUUUUUUUAAUAAAACAAAUCAAUUCACA